AUGAUGCAGUCAGCAGUGGAAGAAGGAUGGGAACCUCCCUAUGAGAAAACCGAAGCUGGUGACAAGAUCACUAAACCUAAGGCACGCUGGACGGUAGAAGAAAAGAAUUUGUCAAAAUAUAAUGCUAGGGCACUUAAUGCAAUAUUUGGUGCUAUUGAUGAUGAUGACUUUAAGCUUGUUCAAGGUUGUGAAUCAGCUAAAGAUGCUUGGGACAUUCUGCAGAAGACCCAUGAAGGAAACUCAAGUGUCAAAAGAACGAGAUUAGACCAACUUGCAUCACAAUUUGAAGUCUUAAGGAUGGAUCCAGAAGAGACAAUUUCUCAGUUCAGUGCAAAAUUGAGUGCUAUUGCUAAUGAAGCAAAGAAUCUUGGUAAGACCUAUAAGGAUACCAAGCUGGUUAAGAAGUUGCUUAGAUGUCUACCUUCUAAGUAUGCAGCUCAUAAAGCAGUCAUGAGAGUAUCUGGCAACACAGACACCUUGAAGUUUGAGGAUCUCAUUGGUAUGCUAAAAUCAGAGGAGAUGGAAGUUGCUGAAGAACUGAGAAUUCAUGGUAAAGGAAUUGCAUUCAAGGCAGAUGACAGGAGUGAUCAGUUGCAAGAGAUAAAAGAUAGCAUGUCCUUGAUGGCAAGAAACUUUGGAAAAGCUCUCAAACGUGUUGAAAAAGGACAGGGACGAGAAUUAGCUUGCUGGAAUCGAAGUGCUACAGAGAGGUCUUGUUCUAGGCCAAAUAUAUCUGAAAAAGAAAAAAAUAAUCCGAGAAAAGAGAUUCAGUGUUUUGAAUGUGGUGGUUUUGGUCAUUACAAACCUGAGUGUCCAAUGGUUAAGCGCAAGGAGAUGAAGUGCUUUGAAUGUAAAGGGAUUGGACACUUAAAAUCUGAAUGCCCAAACAUGGUGAAAGGAAAUAAUAAGGCAUAUGUUAGCUUUAGUGAUUCAGAAUCAGAGAGUGAUGGGGAUGAAGAAGAAGGAAGAAUGUUGAAUCUUUUUGCAUACAGUGCUAAAGGUGAUGAUAUAGCUGAUGAAAGCUCAGAUGAUGAUGAUGAAGAGUCAAUUUCAAAAGAGAGCUACUGUGUACUCUAUGACAAUUGGGUUCAGCUGUGUAAUGAAAAAUUGCUACUUGUCAAAGAAAAAUUGCAGUUAGAAGCCAAGGUCAGUAUGCUAGAAGAAGAAUGCAAGUCUGAAGUCUCAACUUGCAAGGAACUACUCCCUGCUGAAAAGGAGUUGCUUGAGAGAAAACUGAGAAAUCUUCAAGAACUCUAUGGUUUGGAGAAGGAAAGAUCAACAAGCCUUGAAAGGGAGCUGAACGAGAAUCAUAAAAAAAUCAGGAUGUUGAAACAAUGGUGGGAAGAAGUUAGAUGA